UAACCAUUUUCCAAUCAAAACAAAAUCGAUCCCAGAAUGCAUUGCGGGAAAAUACGCCUUUCUGAUUGGUCACGCCAUUUUGUCAUAUACCGCUAUCGAUAACGGAUGGCGCGCACUUGGAAAGAAGAAGCUGAAGAUGGACAACGACAUGUGGGAACGUGCUUUUAGAGAGAUGAGUGAGAUAAGAAGACUCCUAGACUCCGCGGAGAAGAGAAGACCACUGCGAAUGCCCGAUGGAAUACAGAGAUCAGUUCGUCAAGUGAUAAGAAAGCUGCAGGAAGAUGAAGAGAACCCGCUGGUGAUGAACUUUGAGAAAUUUGAAAACAAUGAUGUAAAGACCAUUGUCCGUGAAGUGCGGAGGGCUUACAAAGACUAUGACUGGGGUGCUGGAACUGUUGAAGAAGCUGUGAAAAGGGUGUGGAGGAACAUGCGAGAUGAGAACAAGAGGAAGGAAAAUGGAAAAGUUCAACAGCACAGGGAAAGGAAUAAAGCAGCAAAGCGCAAGAGAGAUAAACUGAAGAGUAGGCUGAUUCAGCUGGAGCGGGAUGAAUUUUUCACGCGGGAGGAGAAGAAAUCUGUGAAACGUGCUUUCUCCGUAGAGACCAUGUCCCCAGAAGUGAGUGAUGAUGAGGAUGCCACAAGGCGUGUGGCAAUCCCCUUCAUCUGGGAGUCUUCUAAAAUGACGGACAUCAAGCGAGUUCUGGACGCGGAUUACCGUCAAUCCCUUGUGGCGCAAUCACGUAGACAGAAGUCCAAAGUGUUCAGAUCUACAACAGACGCCGUUAGAACACCGCCUCCGAAGGACAUCCCGAGCUGGGUCAUCUCGUCCACGUACGUCAUGGAGUGAUGCGACUCGAGUGAAUAAUUUAUUUAUUAACAUGUUUGAAUAGUUGCUGUUUUUAUGACUCGCAGAUAGUAUUUAUUUUGAGUAUAUAUUUUUUGUGUUAUUUUUUCAUUGGUUAUAAUUUGAGAUGUUUAUAUGUAUAUACUUGUACUUAAGUUAUUUUAAGAAGCAGUGUUUAUCUUUUUUGCAAGUCCCUUGUUGUUAAUAUUUGUCUAAAUAAUGCAUAUUAUCUUUGUCAUUCAGUUUUACUUUUGUAUGUUGCAAUGAAUAGUUUGUUGUCAUUGACACAGAAUAAUUUAUCUUGUAAUAUGUUUAUUAAAAAUCCCUAGCCUAUUUAUUGAUAUCUUUAAAUUAAAAAGAAUGAUUGGGAUUUACAGUGUAGGAAUUGGACACAGAUUGAAAAUUAGUAUUCUUGAUUAAUCUCUUAAAGCUUGUUUUUCCAAUUUCCAAUGUAUUGUAUGUAGCUCACUGUGAGGGAAUAAAUUCAAUAUAUGUUG